AUGUCACUGCCGGCGGCAGUUAAUCUGCAGGACACUUUUAUAUUUAAAAAAUUCCAAAAAAACUCUUCUCACUUGACCCCACACUCCCAUAUCCUUAGCCCUAAGCUUUUCUUCGAGCUCUCUCCAGAUCUGCUGCACGGUGUCCUCUCGCCGCCCUCCUCCUCUCGACGUCCCUGUCGUGCCUCGUCCGUUAUAUUCUGCUCGUCCCUUGUAUUUUGCCGCACCUCUGUCCCUCUCUCCCUCGCCGUGUCUCGCCUACGUGCCUUCGUGCUUCAAUGCUUCCCUCGCCGCGCUACGCCUCCGUCCCUCCCUCACCGCACCGCCCCUCCGUCCCUCGCGCCUGGUUUCGCUUCGUCGUGCCUACUUUCGUGGCUUCCAUUUCAGACAGAGCCCAGGACUAGGUUGGAUGCAGGGACUUGGGGGUUGGCCUUGGUUAUUUCAUUUCGGCUACAGUGGCUUGUUCAGAUCGACUUGUUGUUGCAGUUAAAGGGGAUUCUGGAUUCUGAUUUAAUGCCAUUGAAGUUGAGGAAAAUAUUUCGUGGUGGCAAAGAUGGUAUGAGGAUGCAUUGUAUUCCCUGCUCACUUUUGGUGUUCGACGGCCUGUGUGUCACUUGGCAUCAGUUGUAAUGGCAAAAAUCAUAUUCAAAGGAGAUGAAAUAUCAGUUUUUGCUAGAGCAAGCAAGGAAUUUUUUCUGAUGGAAAGAGGAGUGAAUCUCAGAAAAUUGCUGGUUGAUGACCUUUGAUACUAUUUGACAUGGUUUAAUCCAAGAAUGUGCAGAAAAAUUUUGGAUUGUUGCCUUAUAUGUCUUGUCUUUUAUUGAUACUUGAAAAAGUAUGUAUUUCUUGUUCUAGCUUGAACAUAGAGAAAAUUCAUGCUUUUAAUAUACUUGUUUUUGGGUUUUUGUCAGUUAAAUUGGUUCUCUUGUUUGAGGAACUAUAAAAAAAUUGGUUUUUGUAAAUAACUUUAGUAAUUACUCUAUCA